UCUCUCACUAACUCCCUCACUCCCUCACCCAUCUCUCCCUCUCUCUCUCUCUCCCUUUCUCUCUCUCACUCUCCCUCACCCUCAAUCAGUUUCUCCAUCAGCUUCAGUCAGACUAGAAGGGAGUUGGAGGCUACUGGGUCUACUGUCAGAUAGGCAGCACUAGAUCCAACAACCCACAGGAUUAUUUACCUUUAAAGGAAUAUACUCUUUUUCUUGAUUCUACCUCUUGCCUUUCUGUCUUCCUUCAUCAACAUCCACAUCCUACUCUUACUCUUCUUCCUCCUCCCCCUCGUCCUCCUCCUGCCUUUCUUUCUCCUGCUUCCACACCCUGCCUCUGAGUGUGUUGGAGAGAGGCACCGUUCGCGCGUCAAAGCGGUUCGAGUGGACCUCAGUGUGAGUGUGAGUGUGUGAGUGUAUGUGUGUGUGUGAGCCUCUCCAGUCCACUCUCUCUCUCAGUGGAACAGCCCUUUUUAAAUGGACUUUUAUAUUGGUUUGAGACUUUAUCACCACUGAAAGCAACACCACUACCGAAGCACUACUGUACAUGUUGGAAUAAAAACAGAUCAGAAGAUCUUUAGUCCCAAGAUGAGUGAGGAAGCUAAAGAUAAAACCACUGGCAAACCAGCGCAUCGUAAGAAGAAAGGCAAAAAGUCGGACAGCAAUGCCAGUUACCUGCGAGCAGCGCGGGCUGGGAACCUGGAGAAGGCCCUGGACUACCUCAAGUCUGGGGUAGAAAUCAACAUCUGCAACCAGAAUGGGUUGAAUGCUCUUCAUCUGGCCUCUAAGGAGGGUCAUGUAGAGGUGGUGGCUGAGCUGCUGAAGCUAGAAGCCAAUGUGGACGCGGCGACCAAGAAAGGAAACACCGCUCUUCACAUAGCCUCCCUGGCCGGCCAAACGGAAGUGGUGAAAGAGCUAGUGACCAAUGGAGCCAAUGUGAACGCACAGUCUCAGAAUGGCUUCACCCCGCUCUACAUGGCAGCCCAGGAGAACCAUAUUGAGGUGGUUCGCUUCCUCCUGGAACACAACUCCAGCCAGAGUAUGGCCACCGAGGACGGGUUCACCCCUCUGGCGGUGGCGCUGCAGCAGGGGCAUGACCAAGUGGUGUCUCUGCUCCUGGAGAAUGACACCAAGGGCAAGGUGCGUCUGCCCGCCCUGCACAUCGCCGCCCGCAAGGACGACACCAAGGCUGCAGCGUUACUGCUCCAGAACGACCGCAACGCAGAUGUGGAGUCCAAGAUGAUGGUGAAUAAAACGACAGAGAGCGGCUUCACUCCUCUCCACAUCGCUGCUCACUAUGGCAACAUCAAUGUGGCCACGCUUCUGCUGAAUCGGGGGGGAGCUGUGGACUUCAUGGCCAGGAAUGACAUCACACCUCUCCAUGUGGCAUCUAAAAGAGGCAAUAGUAACAUGGUCAAACUGUUGUUGGACAGAGGAUCCAAAAUAGAUGCCAAGACUAAGGACGGACUGACACCUCUUCACUGUGGAGCGAGGAGCGGUCAUGAACAAGUGGUUGAGAUCCUGCUGGACCGCGGAGCCCCCAUUCUGUCCAAGACAAAGAACGGGCUGUCCCCCCUGCACAUGGCCACUCAGGGCGACCACAUCAACUGUGUCCAGCUCCUCCUUCAGAACGAUGUCCCCGUUGAUGAUGUCACCAACGACUACCUGACAGCGUUACACGUGGCCGCCCACUGUGGACACUACAAAGUGGCCAAGCUCAUAGUGGACAAAAAGGCCAACCCUAACGCUAAAGCACUGAACGGCUUCACCCCGCUUCACAUCGCCUGCAAGAAGAACCGCUCCAAAGUGAUGGAGCUGCUGCUGAAACACGGAGCAUCGAUCCAGGCUGUGACAGAGUCUGGACUCACUCCUAUUCACGUGGCCGCUUUCAUGGGACAUGAGAACAUUGUCAACUCACUGACGCAUCACGGAGCUUCGCCCAACACCACCAACGUGAGGGGGGAGACAGCGCUGCACAUGGCAGCCCGGGCAGGUCAGGCCGACGUGGUGCAAUACCUGCUGCAGAAUGGAGCGAAGGUGGAGACUAAGGCCAAGGACGACCAGACAGCGCUGCACAUCUCCAGCCGGCUGGGGAAGGCCGACAUCGUCCAGCAGCUGCUGCAGAGGGGGGCUUCUGCUAACGCUGCCACCACGUCAGGCUACACACCCCUCCACCUGGCUGCCCGCGAAGGUCACGAGGACGUAGCCGCCAUGCUGCUGGACCAGGGUGCAUCGCUGUCAGCCUCCACUAAGAAAGGGUUCAGUCCUCUUCACGUGGCAGCCAAGUAUGGGAAGAUAGAAGUGGCCAGCCUGCUUCUUCAGAAGAGAGCAGCUCCGGAUGCAGCUGGAAAGAGUGGGCUAACUCCACUGCAUGUAGCUGCUCACUACGAUAAUCAGAGAGUGGCUCUACUGCUUCUGGAUCAGGGAGCAUCUCCCCACGCCGCCGCCAAGAAUGGCUACACACCCCUCCACAUAGCUGCCAAGAAGAACCAGAUGGACAUCGGGACCACCCUACUGGAGUACGGGGCGGACACCAAUGCUGUGACCCGCCAGGGCAUCAGCCCUGUUCACCUGGCUGCACAGGAGGGCAGUGUGGACCUGGUCUCUCUGCUGCUCACCAAGAACGCCAGCGUCAACAUGGGCAACAAGAGUGGUCUCACACCUCUCCACUUAGCGGCGCAGGAGGACAAAGUUAACGUGGCGGAAGUCCUGCUCAACCAGGGGGCGGACGUCGACCCCUCGACAAAGAUGGGAUACACUCCGCUGCAUGUGGCUUGUCACUAUGGCAACGUCAAGAUGGCGGACUUCCUCAUACAGAACCAGGCCAGAGUUGAUGACAAAACAAAGAAUGGCUACUCGCCCCUCCACCAGGCGGCGCAACAGGGCCACACCCACAUCAUCAACCUGCUGCUGCAGCACGGAGCCUCUGCCAAUCAGCUGACCGUGAACGGGAGCACAGCCUUGUCCAUCGCCUGUCGUCUUGGUUACAUCUCAGUGGUCGACACUCUCCGGCCAGUGACUGAUGAGAAUCUGACCUCUGUGACUGCGACAGAAAAACACAAAAUGAACAUCCCCGAGACCAUGAACGAGUUUCUGGACAUGUCUGACGAUGAAGCUAAGGCUAAUGCGCCGGAAAUUCUCAAUGACGACUGUAUUUCAGAUGUUGACGAAGGUGAGGAUGCAAUGACCGGCGACACUGACAAAUAUCUGCGGCCCCAGGACCUCAAGGAGCUGGGGGACGACUCUCUCCCGCAGGAGGGCUACAUGGGGUUCAGCAUUGGAGUCCGCUCAGCGAGCCUCCGCUCCUUCAGUUCGGAUAGGUCCAACACCCUCAACCGCAGCUCCUACGCGCGAGACAGCAUGAUGAUAGAGGAGAUCCUCGCCCCGACCAAGGACACGCACCUGGCUGUAACCCGGGACUACGAUGCAGAGUGUCUGAGGCGCUACAGCUGGACCCCAGACACAAUAGAUCACAGUAACACUGUGUCCAGCCCCAUUCACUCAGGCUUGUCCUCCCCGCUCCCUCAGUAUGACUCCAGAUUCCUGGUCAGCUUUAUGGUGGAUGCCCGUGGGGGUUCCAUGAGAGGAAGUCGAAGCAAUGGCAUGCGUAUCAUCAUCCCGCCCCGGAAGUGCACGGCUCCCACCCGCAUCACCUGCCGCCUGGCCAAGAGGCACAAACUGGCCUACCCCCCACCCAUGGUGGAGGGAGAGGGCCUGGUCAGCCGCCUGGUGGAGGUCGGCCCCGCAGGAGCCCAGUUUCUGGGACCUGUGAUCGUGGAGAUUCCUCAUUUCGGCUCCAUGAGGGGAAAGGAGAGGGAACUGAUCGUGCUGAGGAGCGACAACGGUGACACAUGGAAGGAACACCAGUACGACUGCCAUCCAAGUGACAUCACAGACAUUCUUAACGGGAUGGACGAAGAACUGGACAGCAAUGCUGAGCUGGAGAAGAAGCGUAUCUGUCGAAUCAUCACCAGGGACUUCCCCCAGUACUUUGCGGUGGUGUCCAGGAUCAAGCAGGAGAGUAACCACAUGGGUCCAGAGGGCGGGACUCUGACCAGCCUGACCGUGCCCAUGGUCCAGGCCUCCUUCCCACAGGGGGCGCUCACCAAAAAGAUACGCGUUGGCCUGCAGGCUCAGCCCGUCCCAGAUGACAUGGUGAGGAAUCUCCUCGGCAACAGGGCCACAUUCAGCCCUAUCGUUACUGUGGAGCCCAGGAGGAGGAAGUUCCACAAGCCCAUUACCAUGACGAUCCCUGUACCGCCCCGAUCGGCAGAGGGCCACCCCAGUGGACCCAGGGGAGACUCCACCCCCUGCCUGCGCCUCCUCUGCAGCAUCACAGGUGGAACAUCUCCUGCCCAGUGGGAGGACAUAACAGGAACUACUCCGCUGUCCUUCGUCACAGACUGUGUUUCCUUCACCACAAACGUGUCGGCCAGGUUCUGGCUUGCAGACUGCCACCAGAUUCCUGAGACGGUCGGUCUGGCCUCUCAGCUAUACCGGGAGCUGAUCUGUGUGCCGUAUCUGGCCAAGUUUGUGGUGUUUGCCAAGAUGAACGAUCCUGUGGAGUCACGCCUCCGCUGCUUCUGCAUGACGGACGACAAGGUGGACAAGACUCUGGAACAACAGGAGAACUUUGAAGAGGUAGCCAGGAGCAAAGACAUUGAGGUCUUGGAGGGCAAGCCUAUCCAUGUGGAUUGCUAUGGCAACUUAUCUCCUCUUACCAAGAGUGGGCAGCAGCUGAUCUUCAACUUCUUCUCUUUCAAAGAGAACCGGCUUCCUUUCAAUGUGAAGGUCAGAGACAUGGGCCAAGAACCAUGUGGCCGACUCUCAUUUUUGAAAGAGCCGAAAACCACUAAAGGUCUUCCACAGACUGCCAUAUGCAAUUUGAAUAUCACACUGCCAACUCAUAAGAAGGACAUGAUGGAGUCUGAUCCUGAUGAUGAGACUGAAAAACCAGACCGACGUCAUACCUUUGCCUCCUUAGCUUUGCGUAAGCGCUACAGCUAUCUGACCGACCCUGCAGCGAAAACAACUGAUCGGAGCUCGCAGAGAACACAGCCUACUGGCUACGCUUACAAACCUGUCUUUUCAACGAGAUCUUAUCAGGCGUGGUCGGCUGUUCCUGUCUCCGUCUCUGAGCAAGCCAAGUCUGGGUUCGGUUCCCACUCCAGUUCAUCGUCCAACACGCCCAAUGCCUCUCCACUGAAGUCCGUGUGGUCCAUCACCUCGGCGUCCCCCAUCAAGUCCAACAUAGGCGGUUCACCGGCCCAUUCCAUCAAGUCAGUCAGCGACGUAGCAUCCCCCAUCAGGUCGUACAGGACAAUUUCAUCCCCAAUUAAGACUGUAGUUCAGCAGACCCAGUACCCAGUUCAGGUCACCCCCAGUCUCCUGUCAUCGCCAGUCAGAAGCGUUCCAGACCCCGUUUCCAUCAAGGGACUGGCAGCAUUGUCUUCUAGAACCUCUCCCAUCACCACUGGUGUGGGGUGUCUGCUAGAGAGGUCAUCAAUCGCCAUGAGCCCACCUGCUUCGCCCAAAUCCUCACUGAACAUGUACAGUUCAACUCUGCCAUUCAAGGGUGUCAUGGUGGGCACUGGCACCACAGCAUCGUCCUCUCCUAUAAAAACUGUUCCUGGCCUCUCCUCUGUCCGGUCCAAUGCAGACCCCUUAAGUCUAUUUUCCUCCCUUUCCUCACCAAUUAAAACCAACACUCCUCCUAGUGCUGCAGCUCUGAUCAAUGGAACAGUAUCCCCUACAAAGUACCGCUCCUCCUCGCCCACGUCCCUACUCUCCAGCAGCUUACAGGAGAGGAUACAGGCAACCACCAAUGCAGCAACGACAAGCGUAAAUGCAGCCUUUGAUGAGGUUGAAAAGACUUUCAAUUCCUGCUCUGCCUCUGGAUAUGGCACUCUGAAGUCCAUGUCCUCCUCCGCGUCAUCAUCUUACCAAUCCAUAAGAUCCUCAGCCUCUAGUUCCCUAUAUGCCACUCUAAGGUCCCCACCAAACUCUACCACCACUGUCACAUCUGGCACCAUGACGGUCCCAGUGUAUUCGGUUAUAAAUGUGUUGCCAGAGCCCCAAUUUAAAAAGCUCCCUGAAGUGUCAACGCCAGCUGCUGCCCUCUCGUCCUCUCGAAAAACUGUGCCUGCUGAGACAAACUCAGCCCAGUCUUCCUUUGCCAGGACUCUGUCACCUAUCAAAUCCUCCUUAUUUAUGCCCCCGACUGCCCUGAAAUCCACCACCUCAUCCCCGCUGUCCUCCAGCCAAGAGAUACUGAAGGACGUGGCAGAAAUGAAAGAGGACUUGAUACGGAUGUCUAACAUCUUGCAAACAGAACCAAGUUCAGCCUCCAAAGGUUUCCAGUCUGACUCUCCCAAAGAGGCUAAAAUAGAGGACGAGGAGCCUUGCAGAAUUGUAGAGAAAGUUAAACAGGACCUGGUCAAAGUUAGUGAGAUACUGACCAAGGAUAGCAAGACUGCUAUUAAAAUUAAUAAAACAGAUGAGGCACAGUGCUCUAAACAAGCACCAGUGGAUCCCCAGCCAAGCAACUGGAGUUAUCCACCAAGAUAUGAGACAGUGGUUCCACAAAUCAAAACUAAGACUAUACCAGACAGAGAUUUUAAUCUAUUGAAGGUAGUAGACUACUUGACAAAUGACAUUGGCAGUGGCUCUAUCUCAAAAACUGCAGAUGCAAAGCAUAGAUCCGAUGAGGUUAGAAGGGAAGGAGAGGAGAAACAAAAACGAAUGCUUAAACCUGAGCACAAGCUGAAAAUGCCACCUGCAAACAUGCGAUCCUCUGCCUCAGAAAAGGAGCUCUGUAAACUAGCAGAUGUGCUAUUUGGGCCUGAUGCCAUGUUAGAAUCUCCAGAUGACAUCUCACAUGACCAGGACAAGAGUCCCCUCUCAGACAGUGGCUUUGAGACGAGGAGUGAAAGGACACCCUCUGCCCCACAGAGUGCGGAAGGCAUGGGACCCAAGGCACUUUUCCAGGAUAUUCCACCAGUAAUCACUGAGACAAGGACUGAGGUUGUUCGUGUUAUUAGGAGUUAUGAGUCUCCUGAAGAUAACAAGCAACCAAUGAUGGAGGAUACAAGGGCAGUUCGAUACACUGAUGCAGAACCCAAAGGUCUGAAUGCAUCCAAUGUGGACCAAACUAAAUCAUUUCAGAUGAAAAUCAGCCCGGACGAUGACUCAAUGGGCAAGAGCAUGCGUGUGAAGGAAGAGACCCACAUCACAACUACCACACGAAUGGUGUACCACAAACCCCAGAGUAAAGAGAAUACAUCUGAGAGGAUGGAAGAAUCAAUGUCAGUGCAUGAUAUCAUGAAAGCUUUCCAGUCCGGCCGGGAUCCCUCCAGAGAACUUGCUGGACUGUUUGAGCACAGGGCCAGCAAUGAUGACACGUCGCAGAGGGAUAUAAACUUAAAGCCCAAAGUUGAAAGAAUAAUCGAGGUUCAUAUUGAAAAGGGCAACAAAACUGAACCAACUGAGGUCAUCAUCCGGGAAACAAAAAAUGACCCAGAGAAGGAGAUGUACUUCUACCAAGGGAACAGUGGCCUGUCACGACAGGGAGAGGAGGAGCCUGAAGAAUCGCUCCCCUGUUACCUAGAGUCUUCCAGAGUAAACACGCCCAUGUCACAGGAAGACGACAGUCGUCCAAGCUCUGCACAGCUCAUGGCAGAUGACUCGUACAAAGCCCUGAAGCUUCUCAGCCAGCAGUCAGUGGAAUAUAAUGAUGAUGAAUCAUCAGAACUCAGAGGGGAGUCCUACAACUUUGCAGACAAAAUGCUUCUCUCUGAGAAACCAGACUCUUCUCACUCUGACACCGAGGAGUAUUUGAGGGACAGGUCUCAUUUUCACUCCCCAGAUAGGAGUAGUUAUAGUCAGGAACGGUCUAGUGGAUCAAGGCAGGAAUAUAUUUUGAGGUCAUCAAACAUUGACAAAUCAGGUCAAAUUGCCAAUGUAGAUGAUAACUUUGACAAACUAACAUUAUUGCAGUAUUCCUCAGAACCUGGUAGCCCAAAGCACUCUGUUUGGAUGCGUGUCACUGAUGACAGACAGAGUCAGAAUAGAGAAAAGCUAAUAUAUGAAGACAGAGUAGACAGAACUGUUAAGGAAGCAGAGGAAAAGCUUAGUGAAGUCUCUCAGUUUUUUCGUGAUAAGACAGAGAAACUGAACGAUGAGCUCUCAUCCCCUGAGAAGAAGUCCCGCAGGUCAGACUUUAGGGAAACACGAUCUGGGCCUAGCUCUACGCACAGCAGUCCUGAAAGAUCAACCUAUAAGAAUGGGAGCAGUGGAGAGGAAUGUAGAGAACGUUUCAGGGACAGGUUUGGCUCCAAUGAUAGAAAAUGUGCUAGUUUACCGAGCAGCCCAGAGAGGAGAGUGCUGCUACAGUAUAAUGAUGACAAUAGAAAACCAGGUGAUGGCACUUCACAGGGCAAUGCAGGUGACACCUCUAAACCAUUUCAAAUGUCAUCCUCCAAAGUCAGCGCUGUUAGGCUAAAAUUUGAACAAGAGGCUCAGAAGCAAGAAAAGGGUCCACAAUGGGGACAAACAUCAAAUGCCCCAGUAAGAAAACUCCAGGAAAGUACACUGCCUGUGUUUCAAGUCUUUGCUGGCUCAAAUAUGCCCAAAUCACCAGACAGUCCAGGAAGUACCAGGAAAGUUAUAGAAAGUGAGGUUAGAGGAUCUAGUGGACCAAGCCCCAGUGCUAAUAGGUAUAUAUGCUCAUCUCCUAAACACGACACAAACGGAAAUGAACAGGAAGAAAAAAAGUCCUUCAAAACUUGGGAAUGUCAUGGAAAUGGAAACUAUAAACCCCAAGUGUCAAAACUAGCUCACACGUUAGUUCAAGAUGCGCAUGGCAAUGACAGAAAUUCACAAAGAGAACUGCAGGGCUUUAGAGAUGGAAUAACCAGUAAAGAAGAGACAACCAAGAAAACGAUUUACACAGAGCUUGUGGUUCGAGAAAACCCAAAUAGUAGUGAUGUACGUACCGGUAGUCAAAAAAAAAACUCGGAAUCGCAAAUUCCUGUUAGAAUGCCGUGUAGUUUUUCAGAGAAUGAUCAACCCACAUCAUUAAAGUUAGAUACCUCUGUUAAACUGUGUGAAAGGGCAGGAUCACAAAUACCUACUUUAGCUAGAAAUCGGUUGCAUGGCAGCUCUGAAGCCAACAAAUCUACAAACGACUCAUCGGUAGAAAAAUCCUCAGAUUCUUAUGAUAGUAGUCAGUCAACUGUAGUAUGUAAUGGUAUAGAUAGCGACCAAGUAGAAUACUUGGGAAACAUAACCCCUGUAGUUGUCACUGAGGGUUUCAAAGACAUCAAACCAUUGCCAGUUUAUGUAAACAUCCAAGUGGGCAAGCAAUAUGAAAAAGAAACAUCUGGACUGCUGGGAACGUACCAAAAAAUAGUGAGUCACGAGAGCCGAACAGUACACGAGACACGGGGAGCAUUUUAUACUGUCAAACAAAAACAGCCCCCAUCUCCUCAAGGCAGCCCAGAGGAUGACACUCUAGAGCAAGUAACUUUCAUGGACAGCUCUGGCAAGAGUCCUGUUACUCCUGAGACACCAAGCUCUGAGGACGUGAGCCUUGCCUCCAGAAAGACAGAUUCUGUGAUUGGAUAUAUGCCCGGCAUGCCCAGUCCAAUAGCAGAGGAGUCUGAGGAAGACGAAGGAAAGACCUUCAUCUACAGGGAGUCUCUGCCAGAGAAAACCAAGCCUGCCUCAUCAGAACCCUCCAACAGAAACCAGGAAACAUUGAAACGACCCAAAGAGAAACGAGUCGCUUACAUUGAGUUUCCCCCACCUCCGCCUUUAGAGGCAGAGCAUUCUGACCCUGAGAAGAGGGGGUCUUGUGCCUCCUCAGAGGCUGAGACAGAGAUGAUGGAGGUGAACCUCCAAGAGGAGCAUGAUCAGCACCUCCUUGCAGAGCCCAUCAUCAGGGUUCAGCCUCCGUCUCCAGUUCCCCCUGGAGCAGAUGACAGCAACUCUAGCGAUGAUGAGUCUAUCUUCCAUCCCAUCCCCAACAAAAAGUACACCUUCAAGAUGAAGGAGAAGGAGGAAGGAGAGAAGCGUCUGAAACCCAAAAAGCCUGAGAGGAACGGAAACAACAAGGAGUCAGGUACUAAUGGCGUUGUUAAAGCAGAGGAGGAAGACUUGGAGCAAAAUGACCAGUCAAUCACAGACUGCUCCAUAGCCACAACUGAAUUCUCUCAUGACACAGAUGCUACUGAAAUAGACUCUCUCGAUGGCUAUGACCUUCAAGAUGAGGAUGAUGGGUUGAGUGAACAAGACCCUAAGACAUCCAGCCUGUCCAAUGAUGGCAAGACAUGUGAUCGUUCCUUUAGUCAAUCAAAGCUUGAAGUCAUAGAGGAGGAGAAAACACCAAGUGAGGAUGGAGGGGAUAAUGGGAAAGCAAACUCAGAUCAAAACAUUGGAGAUGAAAAAGACUACACUCUCGAGGGAAGACAUCCAGAUAGACAGUGCGAUAGACAAGGCUUUGCAGAUAACUUCUUUGGCUAUCAACUCGAAGAGGAGUUAAACUCUACCUUCAAAACUGUUGCCACGAAAGGCUUAGACUUUGACCCCUGGUCAAGCAAAGGGGGUGAAGGAGUUUUUGAUGCCAAAGCGAAAGAAGAAGAUCCCAAGCCUUUCGGUUUGUCUGUGGAUGACAAGUCGCAAGCCACCACUCCAGACACUACCCCUGCUAGAACCCCGACUGACGAGAGCACACCGACUAGCGAGCCUAACCCUUUCCCCUUCCACGAGGGGAAGAUGUUUGAGAUGACGCGCAGUGGUGCAAUUGACAUGAGCAAGCGGGACUUUGUUGAAGAGAGACUUCAAUUUUUCCAGAUUGGUGAGCAUUCCUCUGAUGGGAAAUCAGGGGACAAGGGGAGAGGGGGUAAGAGUCCGGGGGUAGUUACCUCUCAGUCAAAAACAGGGGAGAGGGGUGAAGGGGUGAAGGUAGAGACUGCCACAGACAGCAGCACAUCAGCAAAGUGCAGCCCUGCACAGACUGGCACUGGCUGUAGCGAUUCUCCUUCUGGUGUCACUGUAGCUGAGACCACAUCCUCAUGCACCAUUACGGCCUCUAAAGUUGACCCCAAAUUACGCACCCCCAUUAAGAUGGGAAUAGCCAUCUCCAUUACAGUGAAAAAAGACUCUGGGGAUCUCAAAGAAUGUAAGGCAGAGAGGUCAGAAAGUCAGAUGGCAGAGUACAUUAACUUGGAAAACCAGUCAGUGGAGAGUCAGUCUAGUGGAUACACAGACCAAAAGCUGUUAGAAAGAAGAGAUUACCCUGCAGAGAACUGCAAUAACAACAAUAACCUUGAGUCCUCAAGCGUGCAGGCUAACUAUAUACAGUGUGGCAGUGUCGUGUUUAAUUUGCAGUCGUCUUCUGAACCCACACUUCAGAAAGCCAGUAGGAUUGAAGCUUUGUUCUGUAGUGACUCUGUAGAGAGAGUAGAAGAAAGCAGUGUUCAGGCUGAACAAAGAGAAAGUGAAGCCGUCAAGGAAGCUGAGACGAAGCAGCAAAAGUCUAGGCUGCCUGUCAAAGCGCCAGGGUGGUCUUUUCGUACACAAGACACAGCAAUAGGGAAGCAAAAACCCAAACAGGUUGUCAAGGCUGAGGUCAGGAGAAGAGCAGAGCCUGUCAUUGCCAAAGUAGAGCCCAGGUCUAGAAUCCCAAUCAAAGAUAUUAAAAAGAGCAGCACAACCAGCUGCCCAAUAUCAGUGCAGGUAACAGGUCAGUCUACCAGGGAGCGAGUAACCAUACAGUUACCCUCCAGGUUCCCCAUUAAAAACAGAUCUCAGGUUAGCUCGGCAGGUGAGACGAGUAGGGAAAACGGCAGCGAGGUUUGUAAACGCACCAUCGAGUACUUUAAGGGCAUUAGCGGGGAGACGCUAAAGCUGGCCGACCGCCUGUCAGAUGAAGAGAAAAAGACACAGGGAGAACAGUCCGAGGAAGACAGCACCUCCAGGAGCACCUCUCUGUCGGCCCCCUCUCAGCCCUCCCACUCGUCGAGGUCUGGUAGAGGCUCGAGAGCUGAGGCCGGGACCUUGUCCGUAAGGGCUAAGGUCGACAGGGCCUCCGGCAGUGAAAGGAGCAGGAGGAGUAGGCGGACUGGUGGGAAGGAGGGCAGUCAGGUUGCGGGGCCUCGGGCGCCCCCCGUCGCGGAGAUCAAGCCUAGUCCUCAGAGUCCCUGUGAGCGAACAGACCUGCGGAUGGCCAUCGUGGCUGACCACCUGGGACUUAGCUGGACUGAGCUAGCUCGGGAAAUGGACUUUUCUGUCGACGAGAUCAACCACAUCCGAGUGGAGAACCCCAACUCCCUGACAGCGCAGAGCUUCAUGCUACUAAAGAAAUGGGUCAGCCGGGACGGUAAAAACGCAACGACGGAUGCCUUAACUGGAGUGCUGACCAAAGUCAAUCGGAUGGAUAUUGUGACUUUACUGGAGGGGCCGAUAUUUGACUAUGGUAACAUUUCAGGCACGAGAAGUUUUGCCGAUGAUAACGCUGUUUACCUGGAUCAGGCUGAUGAUUAUCACAGCAUCCUAGCGGAGCUGCAAUCCCCAGUCCAACUGCACUCUGACCCUCCCUUCACGGAGUUCCACUCUGAACCCCCUACCCUCACCAUCGACCCCAUCCCUGUCCAGCUCCACCCACACCCCCCUACCCUCAUCCUCACCCAGUCUGAGCCCUGGACUGGCCACAUGGAGCCUAGUGUGGAGCCUGACACCUCCACUAGAACCCACCUUAGGCCCUGGGAGCUGUCCCUGUCCAUUCACACCCUUCACUUAGAUCCCACCGCUGCCACCAACACAGGAAUGGCUGAAGGUGACCAGGUGCUGAUGGUACAAGUGGAAGAAGAGAAAAAGGAAGUGGACAUAAGCCUCCAACAGCAGGAGGACAGCAGACAGACAGGGGCAUCAGCGGUGGAGGCUGAGGACAUCGUAAAGGGAGGUGGUGAGGAAGGGGUAGAGGUGGGUGAGAUGGCAGAAGAGGGGGAUAAAGUGGUAGAAGCAAAGAUCGGGGCUAAGUUAGCGGAAGAGGGGACUAAGGUGAGGGUGGAGGGGCGUAAGGCAGUAGAGAAUGGGGCUGAGUUGGUGGAAGAAGAGGGUGCAUAUCUCUCCCCCCAGGCCUGGGCUGAGGCAUUGGGGGAGCAGGGUGUGUCUGGUUCCACCGAGGAAGAGGAUGGAGACGAAGACGAGAAGACAGAAGAUAAGUUCAAGUCGCUGUUGGAGGAUAUUCAUUUGGAGGAAGGCUCAGAGGAGGAGGAUGAGGAAAUGACGGAGGCCAGGGUUCAGGAGAUUCUUAGUCAGGUGCAACAGGCAGAAAAAGACGUGUGUUCACUUCCAGGUUGGCACAGUGACACAUCCAGCGUCAACGUGGAGCCCCCCACACCCGGCCGCAGUGUAAGCUCAGACCUGCUAGACCGCCAGGAAAAUAGCCAGGAGAACUCCAGUGACUCCAUCACCUCUUCCUCUAGAGGAGAGCUAGCGAGGUCUAGGCACAAUGGCGAUAACACGGAGCUACCACCUCAGGACGGGUCACUUCUUGUAUUGCAGGACUCAGCCAACGGAAGAACUGGACGUGGGAAGGAAGAAGGCACGCUUGUAUCUGAGAGGAAAGUCCAGCAGCAUUUUAGUGAGUCCGGCUCUGACGAGGAGCGGACUGUCACCACCAGGGUGUUUCGGCGCCGGGUCAUUCUCAAGGGAGAACAGGCAAAGAAUAUUCCGGGCGAAUCAGUGACAGAAGAACAGUUUACUGAUGAAGACGGUAACAUCAUCACUAGAAAAGUCAUCAGAAAGGUCAUCCGCCGGGUGUCCACGCCCACGCCUGACGACCAGGGCGGGGACAGGGGGAGUUGGGACCGAGGAGACCCCUGGCCCUGCCCUUUCUUACUGGAGGAGGAGGAGUUAGAGCAAGGAGAUGGAGCUAAAAGCAGGUCGGGAGAAAAGAAGCUUCAAUCGUAGGGGUAGCUGUGCUCCACCAGGUGUGCAGGAAUUCUUCUCAUCUGUUUCCAGGGCAGAAAGUUACAAACUGAAAAACUCAAGAAAUUUCAGCCAGGACUUGAUCCGUCUGAUUUCAAUAUGAGCAUGAAAAUCUCACUCCCUGUCAAUUGAGGGACCUGGAAGGUUCUCACCAUGGAAUCUGAAUUCUAAUUGUAUGGCUCUCACUUCCUGUGGUCUAUGGACCAGGAGAAUUCUGCUUCCUGUUUGUGACUCGUAACGUGCCAUUGGUGUCGUGAGAGCUUUUGAGGAGUAUUGUGGUGACAACAAAAAAGACUCCAUCACAGAAAAACUACAGGUGCAACUGAACUUACACCUGUGACCAAAGAUGGCACAAAAGCUCAAUUCUAGUAGUAGGGGAAAGAAAAUCAACAAAAUUACACAAAACCUAGAGGAACACUUCUGAUCCACCUCCAACACUCGCCUUAUAGUUUUUUCUUGGACCCAUAAAUGUCAGGUUGUAAAUUGCUGUGGGGUUUGUUUUCCUUUUUAAAACUAAAAAUAAUACACAGCUUUUUCCUGUAUAUAAAUUACAAUGUGUACAAUAGAAAAUGAUGAGUUACAGGAUGAUAAUGCACAGGAGAGAACUUUACAAGUGCUUUCAACAUUAUUAUCAAAAUGGUUCCACUUUUAAGGAAGAUUUGAGUGUAACUUCACACGUUCUUGUAUAAUUCAUUAUUAUAGCAGGUAUAAUGUUUGUAUAUGAAAAAAGCUGGUAAGAUUUUAACAGAGGACAUUUCCAGAAAAUCUUCUGCAAAUUUAAGUGAUUCCUAAAAAGGGGAUGUAUCUAAUUCUGCAAAAGCAGAGUACUCAUAUUUUCAUGCAUGCCGUUCACAUUAUUUUAAGUACAAUUUUUACAAGUUUGCAAACACUGUAUUAAAAUGAGAAUUAAAACCCUUUAUCUGUGUACACAUAUAGUCCUUACAUUUGUCACCAGUUUUAUAUUUGAAAUGGAAAAAAAAUACCAUAAAAGCAUUUAUUGUGUCGGGGACUAGGAACAGUAUGAAGAACAUUUGUUCUAUAGCUUCUUGAGGGUUUAAUGUAGUCUACCGUUUGUCUAUGUAAAACUGAACGGCAGCUUCUGCUGGCAUUAGCAUAAAUGCUAUGAGAAAGAAGUUAUCUGAAUGUAUAUGCUAGUAGACUGGCUCGCCGUAAAACUAUAACUGUAUUGUGUGUAUUGGCUAUAAGGUGUAGAGGUCUCUGUACGCUGUAAGACUGUUUGUAAUCAUUUUAGCGGUGUGUCAUUUGGUUUUAUGAAGGCUGCUGUGGUUUUAAAGAAAAGAUGUCAUUUCCUUUUGGGCUUUGGUGAAGUACUUCCUUAAAUUUAAUCUACUCACAUAAAGACAUAAGACAUUAUUUGAUUGUAGCUCUUAAUAGAAUAUGUAUGACAAAAACACUGGAUGGUCAAACGAUUAUUUAAGCAUCAAAUGAAUUGUGUGAUCUUUCUUGGCUUGAGAAUCUGUAUGCGGUGUCUAACUAGCAUUCAUUUGAUAGCUCAUUGGCGAUUACUUUGCAUUAGAUCUUCUCUUUGUAUUGGUUUGACUAGAGGCCCAUGUAGUUAAAGUGUGGUGUUAUUCUGGUGUGAAGGCUCAGACUUAGUGUGAUGAUGUUUAUGCUGUGGACAUGACAACCAAGUAAAGGACUUUAUUUUUAGACAAGUGAAGUCAUUUAGGGUAUUGUAUCAUAUCUCCCAUCCUACAUGUCAAUCAGGGGGUAGAGGCUAAUUUGAUCAAUUUUGUUUGAUAUGUGUUUUCACCUGAGCUAAUUUUUCGAUGUACAAUUCUUACUAACAGAGUGAAGCCAUUGAAAUGUAACUAUUCUAGCACUUUGGUUAUUCAAAGUCUUCUUUUAGAGGCUAUAGCAGUAAUGACGCCACCACAAUGUUUCAAUUUAAAAACAAAAUAACAAAAUAAAAAUGCAUUGAUUUUGCAA